CACCACAACACAUCACUGACACAUCACCACCACAACACAUCACUGACACAUCACCACAAUCUGGACAACAACGGGACAGUCAACAGCGAGAACCUCCAUCGAGAUGACAAGAUCCUUCCUAUCUUCACGGUGGUGAGGUUCGUCAACGGGCCGUGUACUCUUGGGGACAGAAGCGGCACCUGUUACAGCGAGGGCGAGUGCAGUAGGCUGGGCGGCACCGAGCUGGGUCCUUGUGCUAAGGGCUUCGGGGUAUGCUGCUACAAGGAGAUCACGUGCGGAGGGAUGUCAUCAACCAACUACACGUACCUGGUGAGCCCCAACUAUCCCAGCACGUACAGCGACGCCAGCACGUGCACCAUGAGCAUCACCCGUAUGGUCGACACCUGCCAACUCCGACUCGACUUCGAGGGCUUUGAGAGCUUCCCGCCUGACCAGUUCGGGAAAUGCAACGAGGACCAGUUUACAGUGACGGGUGAGAGGAAGUUUGUGUACCUGUGUGGCACUGCUCCAUCAAACUGGCACUUCUACCUGGAUGUAAAGGGUCAGGUAAACCCCACCGUGUUCAACUUCGUCACCUCCGCCGUCAGCUACAACAGAAGGUUCAAGAUAAAAGUCUCCAUGAUCGAGUGUGCUCAGAGAGUACCAGGCGGGUGUGGUCAGUACUUCACUGGUAACUCAGGCGUCAUCCAGAGCUUCAACUAUGGUGGGUUCUAUCUCUACGGUGUCGACUACGGCAUCUGCUUCAGGAAGGAGAAGAACAAAUGCACCACGACGCUGACAUUGGGGGGGCCGUCCUUCGUGAGGUGUCCCGGCGACCUGUACCGUCUGCCCGUGGGCGAGAGGGGCAACCCCAUCGCCAACCCGCUAGGUGUCCAGGCCCUCUACUGCCAGCUUGAUACAGCUCUCGCACUCUUCGCCUCAUUGGCAACCAUUCAAUCGCCGUUAACGACGGUGAGUAACGGGCCGCUCGUCAUCUGGCACAAGACGACCGACGACAGCUUUGCCAACUAUUACAGCAACGGCAACUGUCCCACCUGUUCCGGCUUUUACCAGAACUUCAACCACAACGCCUGCUGACUGCCCCUCACACAACAUAAUUAUUGUUAAUGCGUCUUCUAUUAUAUUUAUCUAGUGGUUUAUCGUCAUUUGCAUGAUGUGUAGACAAACUAUCCUUUAAAAUAUACCAGGUCGUAAAAAUGUAUGCAAGAGUCGCUACUGAGUUGCCACUCUCUGCUUGGUUGACAAAAAUACUGUGUUGCCUAAUUGUGGAACAGUGGACAGUAAAGAAGUAAGUACAAGUAUUAUUACUGUACUAAAGUACGUAGGUUACUGUGCGGUCCAAAUCAAAGUGUUUUAAUUUAUGAUGAUGAUCAUGGAUAAACAAUUUUUAAUAGUUUAAUAACAGCUAACACAUAACUAUUUAUGUUCAAUGAUACUUCAAGAAUAUUUUAAAUGUAUAUUUGCUUUAAAUACAUU